AUGCCAGCACCAUAUCCAUCAAAUAGUACAAUGAAUGCUGGAAUGCAACCUCAAUAUCAAACAUCUCCUAUGAAUCCACCACCAUACUACAAUGCAGCUGUACCACCACCAAUUCCUGUAUAUGUUCAACCAACACCAGUUGUUCAACAUUUAGGAGGUUUUUUAGGACAUAGCCCUCAAGCAACACAAUGUCCAUCAUGUCGACAACAAAUUAUUACUAGUGUUCGAUAUGAAAAUGGUGGUUCCACAUGGGCUAUAUCAUUUCUUAUUUGUAUCUUGGGCGGUUUUCUUGGCUGUUGUUUUAUUCCUUUUUGUGUUACAUCAUGUCAAGAUGCUGUACAUACAUGUCCAUCAUGUCAUGCUCAUAUAGGUCGACGAACUGUUUUUUAA